AUGGACAGGCAGACUGCGCCCCCGCUCCCCUCCUCCUGCUCGCUGCUGCCCCCGGAGGAGGCCAAGAGGAGUCACCUCGGCGGGGGGCUGAUGGCCCCGACGGCAGCCGCCGGGCAGGACGGACCCGGGCCAGAGGGCAAGAAAGGUGGCGUGGUGGUGGGGCCGCCGCCGGUGCGCCAGGAGCGCGAGACGUGGAGCCGACAAAUGGACUUCAUCAUGUCGUGCGUGGGCUUCGCCGUCGGCCUGGGAAACGUCUGGAGGUUCCCCUACUUAUGCUACAAGAACGGAGGAGGCGUCUUCCUCAUCCCGUACCUGUUGAUCGUCUUUGUUGGCGGGGUGCCCAUCUUCUUCCUGGAGAUCUCGCUGGGUCAAUUCAUGAAGGCGGGAAGCAUCAACGUGUGGAACAUCGCGCCGCUAUUCAAAGGUCUGGGCUACGCGUCCAUGGUUAUCGUUUUUUUCUGUAACACAUACUACAUCAUGGUGCUGGCGUGGGCCUUUUACUACCUCAUCAAGUCGUUCAACGCCACGCUGCCGUGGUCCACGUGCGACAACCCCUGGAACACCAACUCCUGCGUGGAUGCUUUCAGCCUCCACCAGUGCAACAACGGCAGUGAUAACGUCACCUUCCCCGGCAGUAACCUCACCUGCGACCACAUCGCCCAGGCCAGAUCGCCCAUCAUUGAAUUCUGGGAGAACAAAGUUUUGAACAUCUCCUCGGGCUUAGAUGAGCCCGGUCAAAUCAACUGGGAGUUGAUGCUGUGUCUGAUGGCCGUGUGGCUGCUCAUCUAUUUCUGUGUGUGGAAAGGCGUCAAAUCUACUGGGAAGAUCGUGUACUUCACGGCCACCUUCCCAUAUGUGGUGUUGAUCAUCCUGCUUGUCCGUGGAGUAACGCUGCCUGGAGCGUACGACGGCAUCAUGUACUAUAUCAAACCAGACUGGUCCAAGCUGGAAGAGGCUCAGGUAUGGAUUGACGCCGGCACUCAGGUGUUUUUCUCGUACGCCAUCGGUCUAGGAGCGUUGACGGCUCUGGGAAGCUACAACCGCUUCAACAACGACUGCUACAAAGACGCCUUCUUACUGGCGCUGAUCAACAGCGGAACCAGCUUCUUUGCCGGCUUUGUGGUCUUCUCCAUUCUGGGCUUCAUGGCGGCCGAGCAGAACGUAGACAUUUCACAGGUCGCUGAGUCAGGUCCUGGUCUGGCGUUCAUCGCGUAUCCGAAGGCGGUCAGUUUGAUGCCGGUGGCGCCCUUGUGGGCCGGGCUCUUCUUCUUCAUGUUGCUGCUGCUUGGUCUGGACAGCCAGUUCGUUGGCGUGGAGGGUUUCGUGACGGGCAUCCUGGAUCUGUUCCCGGGUAAAUACGAACACCGCUACAAGAGGGAGAUCGCCGUCGCUCUCUGCUGUUUCCUGUGCUUCAUCAUUGACAUCUCCAUGGUAACACAGGGAGGAAUGUACGUGUUCCAGUUGUUUGACUACUACUCGGCCAGUGGGAUGACGCUGCUGUGGCAAGCCUUCUGGGAAUGCAUCGUGGUGGCCUGGGUCUAUGGUGCCGACCGCUUCAUGGACGACGUGGCUCGUAUGAUCGGCUACCGGCCCCUGCCUUGGAUGAAGUGGUGCUGGUCCUUCAUCACACCAUGCGUCUGCAUAGGCAUCUUCUUGUUCCACCUGGUCAACUACAAGGCAUUGACGUACAACAACACGUACGUAUACCCGUGGUGGGGCGAGGUGAUCGGCUGGUGUCUGGCGCUGUCGUCCAUGUUGUGCAUCCCGGUCAGUCUGGUCUACAAACUCUUCCGCGCUAAAGGCUCCUUCGCGCAGCGCUGGGCCCGCCUGACCAGCCCGGUGUGGGGAUGUCACCACCUAGAGUACAUGGCGCCCGACGUCAAGCCGCUCAACUCACUUUCACCUGCCAGCGAUGACAACAAAGUCAUCAUUUUUGAGAGCGUCAUGUGA